AAGAGAGAGAAAAGACAAAAAAACCAAAAGGAGAGAGAAAAACAAAAGAAGGGUACAAAAAUAUAAUUGAAAAAAAAAACAGCGAGAAAAGGAAGACAAAAAGGGCAGGGAAAAAAAAAAAGAAAAGAGGGCAGUUAAUUAAGAUGGUGGGAACAAGAAAUAGAAGCUAAUUUGAUCCAAAGAAGAAAGCAACUGACUUUGAAGGCCCUUUUUUUUCCUCUCUUGGGGGAUGUUUAUGUUUGAGCUCACUAAUUAUCCAAAAUACACUGCUUUUCCAAUCCAAAUUUCUUCUUCUUCUAUUCCAGGAAGGAUGGGAUUGUAUGAACCUAUCCACCAUAUUGGAAUGUGGGGAGAAACUUUUAGAACCAAUGCCAAUUUAGAUCCACCAUCCUCCUUUAUUAUUGAAGCUGAUACCAAGCUAGAAAAUCAGUCCGAUGAUGCUUCUCUCGGCUCACUUGGAGAUCCACAUGUAUUUGAUCAAGAUGAUACCAAACGCAUUGAUAAGAUUCAAAGACGCCUGGCACAAAAUCGGGAAGCAGCUCGCAAAAGUCGCUUGCGGAAAAAGGCUUAUAUUAAGCAAUUGGAAACAAGCCGCUUAAAACUCAUUCAAUUGGAGCAAGAGCUUGAAAAGGCAAGACAACAAGGUCUCUUGGCUGGAUCCCGAUUUGAUAAUAACCAGUUGGGUUUAUCAGGAACCACAAAUUCAGGCAUCUCUGCAUUUGAAUCAGAGUAUGAGCAAUGGGUGGAGGAGCAGAACAGGCAGAUUUGCGAUCUGAGGACUGCUGUGCAUGCCGAUAUUACUGAUAUCGAGCUUCGAAUACUCGUAGAAAAUGCAAUGAGACACUACUUUAAAUUUUUUCGCAUGAAAGCUAAAGCUGCAAAAGCCGAUGUCUCUUACAUAAUGUCAGGCAUGUGGAAAACAUCAGCCGAAAGACUUUUCUUAUGGAUAGGAGGAUUUCGCCCUUCAGAACUUCUCAAGGUUUUGAUACCUCAACUGGAGACAUUAACUGAACAACAAAUUUCGGAAACUGGUAGCCUUAGGAAAUCUUGUCUACAAGCAGAAGAUGCUCUUAGACAAGGUAUGGAAAAACUACAACAAAAUCUAUUUGAUAGCGUAGUGGCUGGUCAGCUGGGAGAAGGAAGUCAUCCUCUACAAAUGACUGCUGCAAUGGAGAGAUUAGAAGCGCUCAUUAGCUUUGUGAAUCAGGCUGACCAUCUACCAGAAACAUUGCAACAGAUGACAAAAAUUCUAACGACUCGACAAUCUGCUCAAGGCCUUCUUACUCUCGGGGAGUUUUUCCAACGACUCCGAGCAUUGAGCUCGCUUUGGGACUAAUCGUCCUUGUGAGCCUGCAUAGUUCAUUAUCAAACAUUUGUCAACCUCAAAGUUGCUUCAUGAUUAUCCCAAGGAUCUACAGGCGUUUUGGUAAUGUAUUGGUAAAAACAUUUAUGAAACAGGGAUGCAAAGCUAUACCAUUUUGCAAGCGUCCUACACCUAAGUACUACACCGCCCGUUUGUUAAAUAUCGAGAUUCUUAUCGAGAGAAAUUGCAAGUAUGAUUGAUUUUUUGAAAUCUGUUGUAUUGCCAAGUUGUCUUCAAUAUAAUCUAUUUAAUGUCAAUAUAAUCAAUCUUCAGGAUGAACAUUUUUGUGAUGACA